UCCCUCUCUCUCUCUCUCUCUCUCUCUCCCUCUCAAACACACACACUCGGUCCUCGUCUUGUCGAGCUCGUGUCUCCGCUGUCCGACCACUCGUGCUGGUGUUGUUAUUGUUUACUCUCCGUGAUAAUGGCUGUUAAUAAAACAUACAUUAGUAUCGGCUAUGCCUCGUUUGGAAUGCUCAUGGGCUUCUCCGCGUUCCUGGUGUGGAACAUCGCGUUCAAACAGCCGUGGACUGCAGCCAUGGGAGGACUGUCAGGUGUGUUGGCACUUUGGACUCUGAUUACUCACGUCAUGUACCUGCAGGACUUCUGGAGAACCUGGCUGAAGGGACUCAAGUUCUUCCUCUUCAUCGGAGUGUUCUUCUCUCUGUUGGCAGUCGUGGCCUUCAUCAGUUUCCUGUCUGUUGCCAUCAAAAACAAAGAGUCCCUGACUGAUCCUCAGAGUCUCUACCUGUCCUGCGUUUGGAGCUUCAUGAGCCUCAAGUGGUCCUUCCUGCUCACCUUGUCUGCCCACCGUUACCGCAAAGAGUUCGCCGAUAUCAGCAUCCUCAGUGACUUCUAAGAGCACUUAAACUGCCAGCAGUAACUACGCACACUUCGGAGUACACUCACUGUGCUGGCUUCCCAGCCUGAGAGCGAUGCAGUCCAAAACUUGAUGGGGGGCAUUUUCAGAGGAAUCAGAGGAUAAUUUGAAGUACUUUGUGUUGUGGUUGAGCAACCUGAUCCUGGAUACUCCCUUGCCUUCUUAGCCAGCGUCUCCCCCAAACCUCUUCUCCUUUUUUUGUUAUUAUGUGUGCAGGGUUUCUUGAUGACUACACAGACAAACCCAGCUUGAUUUUUUUUGUGAUCCUUGAUACAAUUUGCAUUUUCACUUCCUUAGUGUUUAGCUUCGUCAUGCAUUUGCACAACUUCCUCCUGAUAAAAAAAAAAAACCCAAAAUAUGGUCAUUUUUAACCGUGACUCAGUGGAGGGAAUUAACUGCGUUUGAACACACCGCUCAGUAGUAAUUAUCAGUUGUAGCUUCAUGAUAUAGCCACCAGAGGGUGUCACCCUUCCAACUAUUAAACCCCAUGUACAGCAUGUGCGCCUGACAUUCCCACUCAUGUAUACAUUUUCUCCUUCAUUUUAAUUUUCUGGUUCAGUGAACGAUGAACAGAUCGCUUUCCCAUCAGAAGUUGCACAUACAGUGGUCAGGUGCUGAAAUCCGCAUAUCAUAAGGCGUGUGGUGAACACAGCGCUGUAAAGUUGAUGUACAUCGGGGUCUUUGCAGAGGGCAGGUCACCCUAAAUCCUGCAGCAUCAACAUAAAGGCUUUCAUGUGCAAUUCCAAAUGAGCACCACAUGUUCAAUACAUUUCUGAACCACGAGGGGGCAUUUUUAAUGUAAAGAAUGAUUUUUUUGUAAUAUUUUUUAUCAGUGUGACAAAAACACUCAAAGAAAACAAGUGUGAGUGUGAAAAUGGGCCUCACUUAACACUUUAAGUCACAACAGCAGUGAAACCACUAAGAGCAUGCAUGUUGUUUUAUGUUAUUUUGUCCUCAUCUGAACCAUUUAUGACAUUUAUAUUGUUGCUUAAUGAGAUUAUUUUGCUGUAUUUCCUUUAUCUGUUCCUUACCAUGUCAGACAUGAAGAGUGACUGUGUGUAGCCACAUGACUGAAUGUAAGGGUGUGUGUUUGUAUAACAGCGUGCGAGAGUCAAGUUAAUAAAAUAUGUUUUUGACAUCGCUUGCA